AUGAGGAAGCUCAGCUUGGGGCAGCCCGCUCUGCCUUCCUUCCUUCCUUCCUGCCGCAUCACGGCAAGACUGUACCCAGGCCCGCCUGCCCUGCUCGACAGCAAGGCCUUGGGCUCCGGGGGAGGGGGACAGGCGAGCCACCCUGGGGCUAAAGGUUGCUCUGGAGCUCUCCGGGAUUCAGCCCCUCUGAGUCACGCUCUCCCGGAACCCCGGCAUCCCCGGGCUCAGAUUCUAGACUGUAAUGCCUGCGGGCAGCCCCGAAGUGAAGGAGCGCAGCUGGGCGCCCGGCAGUCCGGGAGGACUGUCACAGGUCACAGAACUCGGCCCAGCUCAAAGUCCGCAGCCCCUGCACACCUCCGGGAACCCUCGCUCGGGGUUGUUCUGCAGGGAUGGGCUCCAGGCAGCUUCCUUUGUAAGGUGGCCCCCACCCCCAGCCCGCGGGUCGAGCUGCUGGGGGAGGGAGCAAACACCCGCCCCAAGGUACUGGACCACCGGCGCCCCUUUGCCCAGGAAUUUAGGAUUGGGAUGGAGAAAAAGAAAACAGUGUUUAUGAAGAGCCAGAAAGCGGUCUGUUCAGUAACUCUUCUUGCCUGUUCACUCGAUGCCAGCCCCUGUGUGCCAGCUGUUGUACCAUACUACAGUGCUUUUCAAGACUGGAACUGAAACAUCGGCUCUUCCUUGGUCUUGAGACUGCUGUCACUUGGCCUGGACUACAUUAUCAGCUCUGUGGGUCUCCAGCUUGUCGACCCAAGACCUUGGGACUUGUCAGGCUCCCCAAUAGCAUGAGCUGAUUCCUUAAUAAAUCCUUUUCUCUGUAUAUA